AGAAAAAUUAGUAUUCUCCUACCAACCUCGCUAUAAAUCAAUCAUGGAGUCCUACGCGGUGAGCUGCAAAUACGCCGAGCCGCACUUCCCGUCUUGCGAGCAAGAUUACAGUCAUUUCACUGACCAAGGGGGGUACUACAACAGCCCCCAGGACUGUGGAACGUACGGCGGCGGCCGCUACCACCAGCCAACCGCCGAGCCGGGAUACCCGCAGCAGCCAACCGCCUAUGAACAUUCCUUGCAGACGCAGCUGCAGCCUCAACCGCGAGAGGAUGCUGAGCGGCUGCCCCAGCAAGGUGCGCCCUUCCCGGGCUACGACCAGCACGAAGACGCCACCGGUGGAGGGAAGGAAGGCGGCUUCGGGGAGAUGUGGAUGACGUGCGCCAGUAAACCCGCUCAGGUGCAGAGGAGAAGCGUUGCGGGAGGGGGCCACCAGCCCAGAGACAAGCCGCCCAUCGUGGUGUAUCCAUGGAUGAAGAAGGUGCAUAUCGCCCACGUGAACCCGAACCAUCCCGGCCCUGAGCCCAAGCGUCUGCGCACGGCCUACACGCGUCAGCAAGUUUUGGAGCUGGAGAAAGAGUUCCACUUUAGUCGCUACCUGACUCGCCGCCGUCGCUUGGAAGUGGCGCACGCGCUCUGCCUUUCAGAGCGUCAGGUCAAGGUUUGGUUCCAGAACCGGCGCAUGCGCUGGAAGAAGGACAACAAGCUGCCCAACACUAAGGGACGCAGCAAGGCCAAGAAAGGUGUCGACAAAGCGGCCGUCCAGGUGUGACAUGCAGUGAGAAGCCCCGAAAUGACGAUCCACAUUCCUCAAACGUCUAUUUAGCCUUAUAUAGCCUAGUUACGUCAUCAUUUUUUCUUCAUUGUGUGUUUUGGAGAGAACAGGGUUUUUUUUCCCGAAAUAAUUAUUAUUAAUAUUAUUGUUUCUACAGGGUACAAAAUACAGGGUUGUAUAAGAGUGUAUGCACGUGACCAAAUUUUUUUGGAAGGACAAAGAUGACACGCACACACAUCACCGACAGACGCACACGCGACAAAUGGUCAACACACACACGCACAUACACAGCUGAGCUCCAAAAGGUUUGCAUAUUUGUCUCAGGGUUUCCUUACAGGGUUUUGAAGUCCAUCCAGCACCUACAUACAAAGAAUUUUAAUUGUUUUUCAUUUCUGAUUUUGUUAUUUCAGUGUAAUAUGCUAUAUUUUGCAUCUGUCAAUACUUAUUAUUUUGUAUUAUGUGUAUGUUUCAAAGCGUAUUUUAUUCUUGGUAGCAGCAAAUGUGUGUCCUUUUGUAUGUGGGCAAAAAAAACACCCGAUGUACGAUUUUUAUAUGUGGAAAAAAAGGUUUUGAUAACAAAAAAUCUUGGAUUAAG